AUGAUUGGCCGAUUGCACUUGGAUAUGUUUCAUCAGAAAAGACUCUUGCUGAUAAUGGUGGAUAUGAAAAUUAAACUCAUACGCAGCAAACCUGAAUUGUGUUUAUUGGGCGAAGGUGAAUUUAAAGUUUUACUCGAACAAGCUUCAUUGUUUGUACGCAAAGUGAGACUCAGUCCAGGUGUUGUGCUAGGACAUGCCAAAAGCCUAGAAAAAUCAACAGCCAAAUAUCCCAUUAAUAGAGUGCUCUGCAAAGCCUAUUCCAUUCCAACGGGAAAUAUGAGUUUUAUUCAAGACAAUAUUUUCAUAGGUCAAAUGCCUAAUCGUAUUGUGGUGGCAUGUGUCGAUAAUGAUGCCUUUAACGGAAACUAUAAAAAGUCUCCUUUUGAAUUCAAGCAUUAUAAUAUGAACUUUAUCGGCGUUUAUGUGGACGGGUCAACCGGUACCUCAUAA